AUGCCUCAAGGAAGAGUGCCUCCACCUAGAGCAAUGGAUGCUAACGAGGCCCAAGUUUCUCUAGUUCCCGAUGCUCCACAUAAUGAGGUAUUUACACAUUUGGAGUUCCGAAAUAUCAUCACUUUGUUCACCCAAGAUAUGGUCAACCAAGCUAAUCAAGGUGUUGUUCCUCCUCCGCCUCAAAUGCCUACUUCGACUAUUAGAAUUUGGGACUUCAAGAGGAUGAAUCUGCCCAAAUUUGAUGGUUCUAAGGUAGAUGAGGACCCAAUAAAGUUUAUUGAUGAAUCUUAUCAGAUUGUGGCAAUUAUGGGAGUACCUCCAAAUGGAAAUGCCAAGUUAGUGGCCUAUCAACUCAAGCAUAUAGCAAGGGUUCGGUAUGAGCAAUGGAUAGUUGAUAGGGGUGAAGAAGAUGGAAAUCUAAGGGAGAAAUCUAUGGACUUCAAAAGAGCGCAGACAAAUAAUGGUUCAUCUUUUGCUAAUACCAUAGUGUCUAGGCCUAACAAGGAAGAACGACCCUUUACCCCUUGUGAGAGGUGUGGUAGGACUCACCAAGAACAAUGCAUGGCUGGUAAGGAGGGUUGCUACAAGUAUGGUGAUAUGGACUAUAAGAUGACAUAUUCUCCGGUGGCUACUGGAAGAGGUAGGGACAUGGCUCGGGCCACUUCAUGCGGUAUGUUAUGGGUUUCCUUUGGUCAUGAUAAUGGUUGGUAUGGAUUGGUUUCGUAUUUAUUGUGUCAUGAUUGA